AUAUUACUAUGACAAGAACAUCAUGACCAAAGUGCAUGGCAAGCGCUAUGCAUACAAGUUCGACUUCCAGGGCUUGGCCGCCGCCACACAACCCGCCGCCAGUGAUCCCACCUACAAGUACCAGAGCGACUUGUUCAUGACACCAUAUCAUCAUAGCGCCAAGCUGAGCUCAUUCAUGAGCCCCCACCAUGGUAUGACGUCGUCAUCAGCUUCAAUAUUCCCAUCGGCCGCUUCAUGGGGCAAUUGGGGCAACCCGGCCACGAAUCUCUAUCAGCCACACUCGAUGGGCCAUGUGACGCCGUCGCAUGUUGCGCCUCACCUCAGCUCCUAUCCGCACUAUGCAUGACCAUCAUCGUCCGGCGGUGGCUUCUAAUAUGAGAGCAACGCCAUCGUCAGCGGCAGCAGCGCCCAUGCUGCCCAUGCCGCGCAUGCAGCCGCCGCCGCUAGCAGCGUUGGCUCGAUGGGUGGCGGAGGUGGAGUCGGCAUUGGAGGCGGCCUCAGCGGAGGGCUCAGCAGCGGUCUCAGUAGUGGCCUCAGUAGUGGCCUCAGCAGUGGUAGUGGCAGCGGUGGCGGCAGUAGCAGCAGCAGUGCAGCUGCCCUCAAUGCUGCUGCCACCUUGCAUUGUCUCACCUCAGUUGGCAGCAGUCAUAGCAGUGCAGGCAGCGGUGGUAGCAUAAAUGGCAGUGGUGGCGGCAGCAGCAG